CAGGCAAUGAAUCAUGAAUGAAACAAAGAAAAAAUAUCUACCACAUGAGAGAGAUACUUUUUCUCGUUUUCGUUAUGAAGAUUUUCAUAUCGCACUUCAAAAAGUAACCGAAAACAUCUCGCAUGAUUUGUGCACAAAGCCCUAAUGUACUUGUUUAACCAACAUGCACCUAGUUUAUUUCUAACAAUUAAGUAAUUUACAUCCUCAAAAAUACUGUCGCAAACCGAAUUGUUCGUGUUAGAACAAUGACGGUAGGUCGUUACGGUGCCCGUCAUGGGUUGGAGCGCAAUCAUUGUACGAUCUAAUUGUUAUUGUGCUGAAUGUCCAUCGAAACAUAAUGUUAUGCUCAUCUCACAUGAGUUCCAUCGUCCUGACUGACCGAACGACUGUUCCUGCACGUAUUAUCGCGACGUCCAAUCAAAGAGAAAAACAGAGAUAAAGCGCGAGAUUGCAAAACGGCCACGGUAUUUGAACAUCCGUAUAUUUUAUUUUAUUGUACAUGGAAACAAAAUGGACAGUGUAUACUUAUUUUGGUGCCUGUUUACACUCUCCUGUGUAAUUGCUCAAGAUCCUACUGUAACUUUACCACAAGGACGGAUUGUUGGGAUAAGGGUUUACACAACAAGUUCAUCUUUAACUCCUGUCGAAGUUUUCUUUGGAGUUCCCUACGCUGCUAAUGAUUUUUCUUCGGCUUUUACACAUAGAUUUGCUGCCCCUACACGACAUCCUGGAUGGAGUCGUACAUUUUUUGCACACAAGAUGCCACAGCGGUGUCCGCAGUUGAACGAUAGUGAAAGCGACAACUUCAGUGAAAAUUGUCUUUUCCUUAACAUCUGGACACCACGGCGAGCGGAUGGUAAAUCUUUACCGGUGAUGGUGAUAUUGUAUAGCGAGUCAUGGUCUCGCGGGGGAGUGACUUUGCCGUGCCAAGAGCUCGCUGCAGAAGGGGUGGUAGUGGUAACCGUAGCGUAUCGCCUCCACGCUCUCUCCUUCUUCACACUGGGCUCUAUCGCUGCUCGCGGAAACCUCGCCCUGCUUGAUCAAUAUUUGGCGAUGUUGUGGGUUCGCGAAAACAUAGCCGCUUUCGGUGGUGACCCAACCACAAUAACCCUCUUAGGGCAUUCAGCGGGUGCUGACAGUAUAUUACAUCACAUUACGUCACCACGUGCGAUUGGUUUAUUUCAGCGUGCGAUAGUGAUGUCACCUCGUGAUAUAUGGCAGGCCUUGGGUGAAGAUAUGCACUAUAAUGCCACGGAUGCUGAGAAGAUCUCGCGCGAGUUGGCUAGAUCUCUAGGCUGCGCAAGUGUUGUAGACUUAGAAAUAAUUCGAUGCUUGAGAACACGCCCCUUGUCUGACAUAUUAGCCGUAUAUUCGAAUUCAAAAUGGAGCAGUGUGAUGCGUCCCGUACCAGAUCAUUUUCUGCCGGAAUCGCAGUAUUACCUACCGAAUUCACUUUCGGUUGCACUCUCGGCUACUAAACAACCAACCAUACAACUUGACCUGCUUUUAGGAACAACUGACCUUGAAGCCAUUAACUACAACGACGGACAAUAUGAUGAACUAUUGAAGCGUGGAGCGGCGUAUGUUACGGAAUAUGCUGACACUAAAGUUAUACCAAAACUGUUGCGAAUGUUUUCAUUGGAUAAGUCCGAUGCAAUAUCAGUGCUAUCCGAAGCGAUUCGUUGGGAAUAUUGGGGCCCCAUGUCACGGGGCUCUGAGGGAUCUGUGUUGGCCCGCGUAGAGGCAACAGGGCGCACAGAGACAGCGGCCACAUGGGGGGCGGGAGGCGCGUUGCUUGCCGCGCGGCUGGCACGUCGCGUGUCGCGCCUGUUCGUGUACCGUUACUCGCAGCCCAGUGGGGUCGACCUGCAAGGAAGGCAGAUCAAUUAUACAGGAGCCGUACACGGAACAGAUUUGGUGGCCCUGUUGGGUGAUGCUUUGAUGCUUCAAAUAGCGCGACGGCCAGCGACUAGAGAUGAGAGGAGAAUUUCUUCAGUGUUUCAAAAGUACAUCACCAACUUCGUAAAAUUUGGGUCUCCAGGCCCCGAGGAGUGGCGCCGCUACCGCGCCGGGGAAGCGUAUGUGCAAGAAUUGCGAGCGUGCUCGACGGACGGUUGCGAUGCAGGCGCGGACGCAGGGCGAGACCCCGCCUUUUGGCUCCAGCACCUGCCGCGACUAGCUAGCUUAUUCGAGGCUGGACAUUCCGAACCGCUUACUUUGGAGAAAGGUGAAAGUCGUCUGCGCGGCGGCGUGUUCGCACUGUGCGCAGUAUCCGCGUUGUUGCUGCUGCUGCUGUGCGCGUGCGCGCUCGUGCUGCGGAGAGAGUGCGCGCGCCGCGCCGACCGCGACGACGACUCGCAUCACUCACAUCAGUGAUUUAACUGCUUGAAUUGAAUAUUUAUAUACCUUUUGAUUUCUUUAAUAAACCUUAUGUUUCACAUA